AUGCUUCUGCUGCUGCUGCUGAAGCUGCUGUUGCUGCUGCUGCUCAUGGGGGUAUUCGUGUGGGGGGCAUGCCCAACAGUCCCAUCAGCUGCUGCCGCAGCACCGCAGCGGCAGCAGCAGCAGCAGCAGCAGCAGCAGCAGCAGUUGCGGCGGCCAAAGGAGCUGCCUGCUGCCAGCUCCAGCCGCCCCAGCACCGCGAAACUCCCCGCAGCCAGCAGCAGCAGCAGCAGCAGCAGCAGCAGCAGCAGCAGCAGCAGCAGGACCCUUGAGUUGUUCUUCAAGCCCCUGCCCGUCAAGUACACGCGAGUGCAGCAGCACUCCGCAGGAGGGGGGCCCCCGGGGGGCCCCCCGGGGGCCCCCUCGGGGGCCCCUGGGGACUGGCAAGAGCAGCCAAUGCAGCAUGGGGCCCCCUCGCUGCAGUUCAUUUGCGUUUCGGACUUUGCUGGCGCUGCCCUCACAGCUAAUGGCCAGCUUUGUCUGUGGCGCUCUGGAGUGAGGCCCCCAGAAAUGCAUUUGGUGACGCAUGCAGGGGGCCCCCCGCGCAGUACCCAGGGGCCCCCGCACAGGGGGCCCCCAGGGGGGGGCCCCCCGGAGGGGCCCCCGGGGGGCCCCCCCGGGACCCCCCUGCCCCCCUUUGUCAGCAUAUCCUUUGGGGGCCCCCACAAGCUGCUGGGGCUGACAGCUGACGGGUUGCUGUACUCUUUGCCUAUCCAUGCAGCAGCAGGAAGUGAGGGGGGCCCCUCUGCUGCAGCUGGUGGCGGCGCUGCUGCUGCCGCUGCUGCUGCUGCUGCUGCUGCUGCUGCUGCAGUGGGUACGCCGCAGCUGCUGCCUUUGGGCGGAGUAGCAGCAGCAUCAGCCAGCAGGUGCCACGGCGCUGCUGUUGUCUCCCUGGCCCUGCCUUUAUUCCCCGUGGUGUUCCCACUCUCGCAGCAGCAGCAGCAGCAGCAGCAGCAGCAGCAGCAGCAGCAGCAGCAGCAGCAGCAACAGCUGGCCGAGUUUCCUUCGCUCGCGUCUCUGUGCUGCAGCAAAUUGGUUUCCCGCUGCACCAGCAUUUCAGAUCUGCUGCAGCUUUCAGGUGUAUGUACACGGCUGCUGCUGCAGGAGCUGUAUGACUUUUGCUGCUGCGCCUUGUUGCUGAACCUGCCGCUGCUGCUGCUGCAGCUGCAGCAGCAGCAGCAGCAGCACACUCAGCACCCCCACCGCCCCCUGCUGCUGCAGCGUGCUGCUGCAGCAGGCAUGCAGCUGCUGCUGGCGCAGCUAGCAGAUGAGGGGGCCCUCAGGGGGGCCCCCAGCAGCGACCCAGGCUCCCCUCGGGCCCUGGGGGGCCCCCCUGAGGGGCCCUUUGCUGCUGAAGCAGACACCUAUGGGGGCCCCCCUCUCUACCGUACCCAAAAUGGGGGGCCCCAGGAGGGGGGCCCCCCUGAGGGAGGGGCCCCCGUGGGGGGGGCCCCCCUCGGGGGCCCCCUGCCCGCUGUGUUUGCAUGCAUUUCAAGGCCCCCAGGGGCCCUCCUAGGGGCCCCUGGGGGGCCCCCAAGGGACCUGUGGCUCAGCACUUUAGCUUUAGAAGAGGGGCCCCCCUGGGAAGCAGCAGAGGCAGCAGAAGCUGCUGCUGCGGGCGUGCGCGCAAGGGACUCAAAGGGGCAGCAGCAACAGCAGCAGCAGCAACAGAAGCAGCAGCAGCAGAAGCAGCAGCAGAAGUCGACGCAGCCGCAAAAUAAAGACCCCCGGCACCAGGGCCGGCAGAAGCAGCAAAGGAAGCAGCAGGACCAACAGCACGCCAAGCACCAGCAGCAGCAGCAGCAGCAACAGCAGCGGCAGCAGCAGCAGCAGCAGCAGCAGCAGCAGCAGCAGCAGCAGCAGCAACAGGAUCGUCUGUCAGCUGCUGCGCCGUGGGCCUUUCCAGAAGCAGCAGGGGGCCCACAGUCAAGUUCAGGGGCCCCGUCGCCACUUUAUGCUGCGGCAGCACCCCUGCAGCAGCAGCAGCAGCAGCAGCAGCAGCUGCAGCAGCAGGUUCCACCGCAGAGGAGGAAGCAGCAGCAAGGGCCACAGCAGCAGCAGCAGCACACAGACGACGAGUGGCAGCAGGCUAGGGCCCCCCGGGGGCCCCGCGGGGGCAGCUACUCCUCUACAGUUAGCAGCAGAUCUCAAGAAAGUCCCUAUCUAGGGGCCCCCCAAAGUUCCUUGGUGGGGCCCCGCUGCAGCCCUAUGGGGGGCCCCCCUGGGGGCCCCCCAGCAAGGGCCCUGUGGGGCCCCCCUUUGCCGCCCGCGAGAACGGCAAGGGAGGGCCCCCAGGGGCCCCCAGCAGCAGCAGCAGCAGCAGCAGCAGCAGCAGCAGCAGCGAGGGGGGCCCCCAUGAGGGUCGCUUUGGAGGCCCUAGUGCGGGUAAGGCCCAGCAAAAGGUCCUUAACGCUGCAGAGCCUUUUGGCUGAGAGGCCCGAGGGGGGCCCCCUAGAGGGGGGCCCCCUAGAGGGGGGCCCCCUAAAGGGGGGCCCCCUAGAGGCGCGGGGGCCCCCCGCUGAGGGGCGGCGGGCCUGGGGGCCCCCGCAGGCGGGCGCAGCAGCAGCAGCAACAACCAGCAUCAGGGAAGUCAUGAAAGAGGAGCUGCAGCAGCAGCAGCACCUGCUGCAGCAGCAACAGAAGCAGCAGCAGCAGCAGCAGCAGCAGCAGCCACGGGAGCGCGCGCCCCGGGCCUUAGUCGCUAGCGCGCGCUCAAGGGGGGGGCCCCCGGGGGCCCCCAAGACCCGGGGGGGCCCCCUACUGGACCCUAGCUGCAACAAAUGGGGCCCCCAAGCAGCAGCAAGGGUACAGGGUACUGCCCCACAGGGCCCCACACUUUCCGAAAUAGAAGAGGAGGAAAGAGAGACAGCUUUGGCCAUUUUGUUGGUUGAAGAGUCUCUGUUUUAUGAGCAGUUUAUGGAGACAGAGGGGCCCCCCGAGGGGCCCCCCGGGGGCCCCCCGGGGGGGCCCCCAGAGGGGGGCCCCCACGCCUUGGGGGGCCCCCGGCAGGGGGCCCCCGCCUCUAGGGGCGGCCCCAGACGGGGGCCCCGCUCUCCUUUACAGGGUACUGAGACCCGCAAGCGAAAUGAAGCUGGGGGCCCCCAAGGGCAGCUGCCAGGGGCCCCCAGGGGGGCCCCCCCCAGGGGGAGAGGCAGGGGGGGCCCCCCAAGGGAGGGCCAGAGGGGCAAAGAGGACCCAGGGGGGCCCCCCAAGGCUGCGCAGCCCCGCACCCGGGGGGCCCCCAGAGGAAGGGGCCCCCCGGCGGGGGGCCCCCCUUGA